AUGGCACCGGAUCCUGAAGAUGAGAUCAAGGACGAGAAGAACCCUCCGCCACUUGAUGAGGACGAUAUUGCGCUCCUCAAGACCUAUGGCUUGGGACCUUACUCCACUAGCAUAAAGAAAGUCGAGAAGGAAAUCAAGGAAAUGGCCAAGAAAAUUAAUGAUUUAUGUGGUAUCAAGGAAUCGGACACUGGUUUAGCUGCCCCCAGCCAAUGGGAUCUUGUCUCUGAUAAGCAAAUGAUGCAGGAGGAGCAACCUCUCCAGGUUGCAAGAUGUACCAAAAUCAUUAGCCCAAACACAGAAGACGCGAAGUAUGUUAUAAAUGUUAAACAAAUUGCAAAGUUUGUUGUUGGAUUGGGUGAUAGAGUUUCCCCAACUGAUAUAGAAGAAGGCAUGCGAGUUGGUGUUGACAGGAAUAAAUAUCAAAUCCAGAUCCCCUUGCCUCCGAAAAUUGAUCCAAGUGUUACAAUGAUGACAGUAGAGGAAAAGCCAGAUGUUACCUAUAAUGAUGUUGGUGGAUGCAAAGAGCAGAUUGAAAAGAUGCGAGAGGUUGUUGAGCUGCCCAUGCUUCACCCUGAAAAGUUUGUGAAGCUAGGGAUUGACCCCCCAAAGGGCGUUCUCUGCUAUGGUCCUCCUGGUACUGGUAAAACGCUGCUAGCCAGAGCCGUGGCUAAUAGAACUGAUGCGUGUUUUAUUCGUGUUAUUGGAAGUGAGCUUGUUCAGAAAUACGUUGGUGAGGGAGCAAGGAUGGUUCGUGAACUAUUUCAGAUGGCCCGCUCUAAAAAAGCUUGCAUUGUGUUUUUUGAUGAAGUAGAUGCCAUUGGAGGUGCACGGUUUGAUGAUGGAGUGGGUGGAGACAAUGAGGUCCAACGCACCAUGCUUGAAAUUGUCAAUCAGCUUGAUGGGUUCGACGCUCGUGGGAAUAUUAAAGUUCUAAUGGCAACUAAUAGACCUGACACACUGGAUCCUGCACUAUUACGUCCUGGACGGCUUGAUCGUAAAGUGGAGUUUGGACUGCCAGAUCUGGAAAGCAGAACACAGAUAUUUAAGAUUCAUACACGAACAAUGAAUUGUGAGAGGGACAUCCGGUUUGAACUUCUUGCUCGGCUUUGCCCAAAUUCUACUGGAGCUGACAUAAGGAGCGUGUGCACAGAGGCCGGAAUGUAUGCUAUACGAGCAAGAAGGAAGACCGUCACAGAGAAAGAUUUUCUAGAUGCUGUCAACAAAGUCAUCAAGGGAUAUCAGAAGUUCAGUGCAACACCAAAGUACAUGGUGUACAAUUAA